UGUCAUGUCCGCCGUGUUGGUAACUUUAGCAUGCCGAAAGUUCCUCACUAAUUACGGCUAUAAAAGUGUGUCUGCUUUAUAGUGAGUGCAGGUGGCAUGCUGCUGAAAGAGAGCAGGCUGUCUGAUUGAAACACGAGCAUUUCAUGAGCGCAGAGUCGCUGUUCGACACAAAUCCCGUACUGGAUUGCUGCGGAGGCUUGAAUAACGUGGAUUACAGUCAGAUGGACGUGUCUGUGUUGGCAGAGCUGUGGAGGUUAAUCGACCUGACGGAGCCGCGGUUCUGUGUUGCUGUUAUUGCCAUCAUCUUCAAUCCGUUCUUCUGGAAUGUGGUGGCCAGAUGGGAGCACCGGACCAGAGGCUUGACCCGUCUGUUUGGCGGCCCGUACGUGGCCUGUUAUUCCCUGGCCGUGCUCAUCCUGCUCCUCAAUGUUUAUCGUAGUCACAGUAUUACAGUAGCCAUGAAGGGUCAUCCUCGCUGGGAGCCGCUGGAUAACGCACAGGUGUACUAUACGGGAGCAGCUCUCAUGGCGCUGGGAUCGGUGUUUGUGAUCAGCAGCUUCAUGGCUCUGGGCGUUACCGGCACUUUCCUGGGUGACUAUUUUGGCAUCCUCAUGGAUCAGAAGGUGACUGGUUUCCCCUUUAAUGUGAUGGAGAACCCCAUGUACUGGGGCAGCACUGCAAACUACCUGGGCCUGGCCUUAAUGAAUGCCAGUCCUAUCGGAGUGGUCCUGACCGCAGUGGUCGCCUUGUCCUAUAAAGUAGCUAUUGCGUAUGAAGGACCGUUCACAGAGGAGAUCUAUCGGCAGAGGAGCCAGCGCUGCAAGCACAAGUAAAGAUGAACUCAGACACUCAGAAUCCUCGUCCACGCCGACACCGCAAGCUCGCAGAUGGAAAACUGUGGAUGGAGAUGAUUUUAGACGUAAACACCCUGCAACACUGAACGACUGAUCUGACAGCAUAAAGAGAGUUAAAGAGCACAGCUGCAAAUUGCACAUCGAUGUUGAACACUUUUACCGCAAUAUUCAAGCUUUUCUGGGCAAUGAAAGCUAGACUGUGAAUGCAAUGACAAUCUUCAACUGUAGCAACCAAAUAUCCAGCUUUUUGUAAUCUGUAGUUUGCUCUUUAAUGGCAUCAAA